AUGAGUGCCUGGAGUGGUGGGUACGAUCUCAACCUCUUUGCCAGCCCUCCUGACUGCAACUUCCUGUGUUCUGUCUGCCAUGGGGUUCUCAAGAGGCCAAUGAGGUUGCCAUGCGGUCACAUCUUCUGCAAAAAGUGCAUCUUCCAGUGGCUAGCCAGACAAAACACCUGUCCCUGCUGUAGAAAAGAGGUGAAAAGGAGAAAAAUGGUCCAAGUGAAUAAACUCCGGAAAACCAUUGGCCGCCUACAAGUCAAGUGCAAGAACGCUGCAGCUGGGUGCUUGGUGACCUGCCCCCUGGCUCAUCGCAAAGGGCACCAGGACUCAUGCCCCUUCGAGCUGAUGGCCUGCCCCAAUGAGGGCUGCACUGCGAGGGUUCUGCGCGGGGUCCUAGAUGAGCACCGCCAGCACUGCCAGCAGGGCGGACAGCGGCGCUGCCCCUUAGGCUGUGGGGCCCCUCUGGCUGCCUCGGAGGGUGAGCAACACAACUGCUACCGCGAGCUACGUGACGCUUGGGUCCAGCGCCAUGAGCGCAACCGGACCCUGCUGUUGAGCCUGCUGGGGCGUGUGCGCCGGGUGCACCGCACGACCAACCUCAUCCGCCGGCAGCUGGCACAGCUGGGCAACUUCCUGGAGGAUGACAACCUGCUCCUGAGCGCCUGGGCCCAGGAGACUGAGCUUGCCCCGGAGGCUGAGAUGUGGGGUGCGCAGGGUCAAAAUGUCUUAUAG